UUUUUUUAAUUUUUGGGUGACAUGACAAUAACCUCAAAAUCAGUUCGAAACGUCAAAAUUCCCGUCAUGUGGCCCCUCCUCUUGCUCCUCCUCCUCCAGCACAUCCGUCCCGCCCAUCCCUCCGACGCGCACGUCCUCAGCCUAUCCGACACCAACUUCCACCGCCAGCUCCGCCUCAACCCCACCCUGCUCGUCCAGUUCUUCAUUCCGUGGAGCGGCAUGUGCCAAAAGACCCGCCCCCAUUUCGCACGCGCCGCCCACAUUCUAUCCACCAACCAAAUCCCCGUAACUCUCGCAAAAAUCGACUGUUCUGGAAGGGGUCGCACGACAUGUACCCAAAAAAACAUCACCUACCCCUUUCCCGUGUUCCACUUCUACCGUAACGGAAGCUUCGUCAAGGAGUACACCGGGUCUAGAGAUGCCCGCAGUAUUGUGAAAUUUAUGCGCGUUCAAGUGGUGCCAAAUCCGGUCGAGUUGGUGGAUUUUGAGCACUUUCGGCAGUUUAUUGAAGGGCAGGAUGAUGUAAUUGUUGUGGGUUUUUUCGAAGAGGAGACGAAGCUACGGAGGAUUUUUUUCCGUGUCGCGGAGGAGAUGAAAGAGAGUAUGAUUUUUGCGUACUCUAGUUGUGAGAAGGUGAUUUUGAAGCAAGGUGUUAGUAAUGGGAUUGUGGUUUUUCGGCCAAAAAGUCUCCACAAUCAGUAUGAACCAGAACGGGUACUUUUCACAGGGAGGAGUAUCAUUGGGGAGAUAAAAAAUUUUAUUACACGGAACUACCACGGUUUAAUUGGCCACAGAACGCCCAACAAUCGACACGAUUUUCCCAACCCUUUGGUCAUCGUCUACCACACAAUCGACUAUCACUCCGGUGGUACCGAAUUAAAUUACUGGCGCUAUCGUUUGAUUAAAAUCGCCCAUAAGUACCAAAACUUCGUCAAAAUCGCCACAAGUGCUACCGACGAUUUCGAAGACGAAAUUUCCGACCUCCGGACCGAUAACCUCACCCCCACUAACCCCCUGGUUGUGGCAUUUGACCUCGAGAACCAAAAAUACGUCAUGGUGGAACCUUUCACCACCUCAACUUUUGAUAACUUCGUCCAGAACUUCAUCAACCGGAAACUGACUCCCUACUAUCGCUCCAAACCCAUCCCCAAGGAAAACGACGGUCCUGUGAUCAUUGCCGUCACCCAGAACUUCAACCACACGGUGACCAACAACGGCAAAGACACGCUUCUCGAUUUGUACACUCCGUGGAGUCUCAAAUGCCAGAAGUUUGUUCCGGUUUUGCGUGAAGUUGCCGAGCUUUUGGAGCACGAAGAUGUGGCUUUUGUCCGAAUGGAUGCCGUGGAGAAUCAAGUGCCUGAAGUGUUCAACGAGAAAGGGAUACCGAAUAUUUUCUGGUUGGCCAAGAACAGGAAAAGGGGGCCGGUGGUGUACGAGGGGGAGAGGAGUGCCGAGGAAGUUGUCAAGUUUGUGGCGAAGAAGGCGACCAAAGAGUUGAAGAAUUAUGAUAGGAAGGGGAAUCCCAAGGAUGAUCGAGACGAGUUGUAAUUAAUUUUUGAGAAUAAAAAAUUUUUUUUUUAUUGA